AUGUAUACUGUUCAGAGUGUCGUUUGUUAUACAUUGUACGCUGUUACAACAAUCUUUGUAUUCAAGUUCGUGACCAAUAAUGUUAAAGAACCCUAUAUGGAUGAGUAUUUUCACUAUCAUCAAGCAAAAAAUUAUUGUAUUGGUAACUACAAACAUUGGGAUCCAAGUAUCACUACUCCACCUGGUUUAUACUUAACUACCCAAGCUAUUGAAUUUAUUAUCACCAGUUAUCAAUUGUUAAAUGUCGAAAAAUGUUCACUACUCUUGAUGAGAUUAACAAAUCUUUUGUUCAUGUUAGCCUUACCAUUUAUAUUUACUAUGGUUUACCGAAAAAUACGUCAAGAAGAAAAAGAGAGUUCCAGUUAUAAAACAUCGUCGUGUAUGCUAUCUUCAUUAUGUCUAUGCAGUCAUCCUUUAAUAUAUUUCUUUACAUUUCUCUAUUAUACGGAUAUUGGCUCAUUAUUUUUUACCAUGUCAUCAUUAACAUUACAUUAUUACAAUAAACAUCUUAAUGCUUCAAUUUUUGCCAUUAUCUCGAUAGUUUAUCGUCAAACAAACAUAAUUCUUGUUCUCUAUCUAAUCGGUUUAACUGUAUUAAAUGAAUUUCGUUCAAAUUGUAGUCAAAGUCAAAUACUUCGUUUGUAUGUUUAUUCUCAGAGUGAAACACGAUCAUCAAUUGAAUAUCUCAAGAAUAAUUAUUCUAUUACUCUUGGUCAUCAACAACAUCAUCAAUUUGUUUUACAUUUUGCACAAUUACCCUAUUUUAUCUUAUAUACAACAUUUUUCAUUAUAAUGCAUAUCGUAACAAAUAAAAAACAUCUAGUAAAUUUUCGACAAUUUAUAUUUAAACAUCCAUUUGUAGUAGUAUUUUUGAUAUUAUUAACAUUUUUAUUUAUCAAAUAUUUUACCUAUGAACAUUUAUUUCUUAUAUCCGAUAAUCGACACUACACAUUUUAUAUCUGGUCGAAAUUUUUUAAACGAUAUGUUGCAUUUCGUUAUUUAUUAAUACCGGUGUAUGUUUCCUGUUCAAUUUUAUUAUAUUUACAAUUGUAUGAUCGAUCAUUAAUCAAUGUUAUUCUAUUAUUAGUAUGCAUUCUAUUGGCAACCGUAUUACAAAAAUUAUUAGAAUUUCGCUAUUUUAUAUUACCCUAUUGUCUCUUGCGCUUACAAUUAAAUGAAAAACAAUCAACAAAAAUAGCAUUAUUCCUAGAAAUAUUACAAGCAACAAUUAUUAAUGCUGUAACAAUAUACGUAUUUUGUAAUAAACCAUUCUUAUGGCCAGAUAAUGAGAACAUACAACGAUUUAUGUGGUAA